AAACAUAAGUGUUAAAUGCAUCAAAAAUAAAAUUUUAUGUAAUCUAAUGUUUUCCAUUCUCGGUGUGUUUCAGUCUAAUUGUCAUCCAGAAAUGAGUAAUCGGCUUAAUUGAUUGUGUUUACAACUACGCUUUAACUCAGCGAAAUAUUUAGAAAAGUCUACAAAACACGCGGACCUUAAUUGAAUUAGUUCUCAAUACACAGGCGGUUCACACCACAAAUGAAGUGCUUAUCCUGUCGCUAAUUCGUGACGUCACUACAGUAUAUAGUCAGCCUUUCUCACAGCCGGUCCCAUUCAAAGCAACAGUCUGCGUUCUCCAGAGCACCGUGCCUCGCGAAUACAAAGGGGGAAAGUUCCAUCCAGAGUCACCAUGACACAGAUUUAGUCGCCCCACUCCACCCCCUCGGAAACACGUAAUUGUUUGUUUGAUUUCACUUUUUUUUUUUAUUCAACUUUCGUAAAUUCUCCUCUCCCGAUCACCAGCCACUGCGCCAGGGUGAUGCCCGCCGGGAUGUUCAGCAUCGACAGUAUCCUGUCCGGACGGCCGAGCUGUAAGGAGCCGCUUCUACUCCACCGGAGCGGGCCAGUCGUGCUGCCUGGGGGUCUUAAUGACUCUUUUUACACCGACUACAACGGAUUGUACGCCGCCACAUGCGGCCCACAAGGCCCCGGAGUUCAGUCGGUGAGCGGAACCAGAGGAGGAUAUAACGGCUAUUACUAUGGGCAGCUACACGUUCAAGGCACCGGAGGACUGCCGUGUUGUGCUGCGGUGCACAGCCUGAGCCCACAGCAAUGCCCCUGCAUCACGCCAGCCUAUGACAGUCCGGGAUCGGUGUUGGUUUCCCCAGUGCCGCACCACAUUAUGUCCUACGUGAAUAUGGGCAACUUUUCUCGGAAUGAGCUGCAACUCCUCAACCAGCUCCACUGCCGUAGGAAGCGACGGCAUCGAACCAUUUUCACUGACGAGCAACUGGAGGCUUUGGAAGGCCUCUUCCAAGAGACCAAAUACCCCGACGUCGGCACCCGGGAACAACUUGCUCGCAAGGUUCACCUCCGGGAGGAGAAGGUCGAGGUUUGGUUCAAAAACAGACGGGCCAAAUGGAGGAGGCAGAAAAGGUCGUCAUCGGAGGAAUCAGAGAACACUCAAAAAUGGAACACAACGAAAAAAACUUCCGCGGGGAAAACCGAGGAGAAAAAAAGUGAAGUGGACUCGGACUGAAUUCAAAACGAUCGAACCAUGCGUAGUUUGCUUGGACGGGUGAUGGUGGUGGAUGGUUUGUGUUGCACAGAUGUACAGUUCCCACUUGUGUCAUGAUGCGUUGUCUAUUUAUAUCUAAUUUAAGUUU